AUGUUGUUGCCACCGGGGGGCAGGUAUUGGGUAGGGCUAUUGGGCGGAUGGGCGGCGCUUGAAUGGAUCGAGGGGGGUGCAAAACUCAGCUGCUCUGCUCAGCGCAGGUACAGAUUGAUGGCCAUUGGUGGAGAAGAUGAUAUUGGCUCAUUAGGCUGUAGUUUUGCAUGGCCUUUCGAGCUUAAUUCUGGUCUGAAGGUUCCAGCUCGCGCGCUCAUAAAUUAA